CAGCCUGAGUGAGCAACUGGUCAAAGGAGAGCUCCAACUCAACUGGACAAAACUUCAGAUAGCUGCAGUGAGCUUGUAUCUUUUUCAUAUUCCAAGAGAGAACCAUCUACAGAGAGAGACUCCUUUUUAGCAGCAACCAAUCAAAACACCCAGAGGCUGCGAGAAGAUCCAGAACUUUGACUUUUAAAAAUGGCAAAAAUCAAUUUGAGUAUAGUUGUUUUAGAGGUUGCACUGCUCUUGCUUGCAGAGACAUGGGCUCAAAAUCUCAGGAAGAGACAGGCGCUUCCAAAGCCUUCCAAGGGUCAGUGCUGCGACGAGGUACGCUCUCUCAAAGUUCAAGUGGCCAAUCUCACCAGCCUCUUUGAGGAGCUGAGUCGCAAGCAGGAGACAGACAUGAAAAAACUUGUGAAGCAAAUACUAGAUCUGGACCAGCAGAGCCAACAGCAAGAAGCCCGAGUCACAGAGGCAGAGAGCAAGUACUCUGAGAUCAACAACCGUGUGGAGAUCAUGCAGCUGCAAACCGCACAGUCUGCUCCUAAGACCUCAUCAGAAGCCACAUAUGACUGUGCAUCACUCUACAGCAAGAACUACAAGAUCUCUGGCGAGUACAAACUGCCUAAAGAUGAGUUUCUGGGAACACCCGAACUCCCCAUCUUCUGUGAUAUGGAGACAAAUGGAGGUGGCUGGACUGUGAUUCAGAGGCGCAGUGUUGGCCUCACAUCCUUUAACCGUGACUGGAAGCAGUACAAACAAGGAUUUGGAUCCAUUCGUGGAGACUUCUGGCUGGGCAAUGACAACAUCUUCCGCCUAACAAGGCAGCCAAGUACACUUAGGAUUGAUAUGGAGGACUGGGAAGGAGAAAAACGCUAUGCCGAGUAUGGCUUUUUCACAGUCAGUAAUGAGCUCAACAGCUACAAGCUCUUCCUUGCCAACUACAGUGGAAAUGCUGGAGACUCUCUGCGGUACCACAAUAACACCAACUUCAGCACCAUGAACAAAGACAAUGACAAAUGUUUGGACGACUGUGCAGCCCGGCGCAAAGGUGGGUACUGGUACAACUGCUGCACUGACUCAAAUUUGAACGGUGUUUAUUACCGCUACGGUGACCACAUAAAGAACCAAGAUAAGAACCAAGAUGGGAUCACUUGGUACAGCUGGCAUGGACCCACCUACUCCCUCAAGAAGGUGGAGAUGAAGGUCCGACCAGUUAAUUUUCAGUCAUAAGUGUUUUGGCUGUGUUUUCUGGAUCGAGAUCAUACGCAUGAAUAAAGAGAGUUCUCAAUAAUACCCGUUUAACUGUUCUACCAAACUGUGGCUUUUCCUGGACUGCGAACGAAGUGAUAAGGUUGUUUGUAAUGGUUUGGCUCGAUUUCAGUCAGAUGAAUGUGUAAUGUUUUUGUCAUGUUUUGAUUGUAAAUUGUAGUUAAUUGUGUGUAUUUAUCAGAUAUAAGAUAUUUUAUUUUUUAAAAGCUUUCCUAGAUGCCUUUUCAACACUCUCCCUGUGGGUAACUGGAAUUUUAUUCUUUCAGUCAUUUGUCUUGAAUGCACUUGGGAUGUAUUUUCAGUUAUAACAAGCAAGGACCAUUGGAAACUUAUCUAAUUCAUCUAUAAAUCUUUAAAGACUGCCAGACUACCAUUUCUUUGUGAACUGUUGUGAGGGAUUGGUCCUAUCAAUUAUGCUCCAUUUCUUUUUCUUCAUUCACUUCAAACAAUAAACCUUCAUGAUGGAAAUGUGUGAUUUGUAAAAUGUGUACAGUUCUGUAAUUAUGUUCUUUUAUUUGGUAGAAAAUAAAAAAUAUUUUUUAA